AUGUCGCUCGCAAACGCAACAAACCCGUACGCGCCGGGUGAGACGGCUGCAACUAUCUACGCCGAGGAAACUUGGCUACAAGGGAACCUGCUCAGCAACAUCGCCUACGGCGCCGAGCUUGUGCUCUUCGUCAUGUGCGCUCAUGUCCUCACACAACAGAUCUCGCGCUUCCACCGCACGCGUGAGAUGGUGCUGCUCGCAUUCGUCUCGGUGAUCUUCACCCUCGGGACACUCUUUAUGGGCGCACAGGCCAAAUUCACGCAGCAAGCGUUCAUUGAGAACCGUAACUUCCCUGGAGGCCCAGCAGCGUACGAGGAAGUCAUGUACUCAGAUCCGGUGGACGAAAUCGCGAAUGUGUGUUUUAUCGUUGGCAACUGGCUCAUGGAUGGGUUCCUAGUAUGGCGCUUCAUGGUGAUUUAUAUGGACUUCGGAAGGUCAUGGUUAGUGAUCCUUAUGGCCCUCCCAUGCAUGAUGCUAUGCUGCUCUGUCGGCCUCGGGAUCACGUUCCUCGUUCAGACAUCUGCCUCGUCACCCUUCGUAGACGUGAAUAUGACGCUCGCCUACUAUGUCAUGUCGCUCGCAUUGAACGUCAUUGUCACGAUCUUCAUCACGGGCCGGCUCAUGUUCUACCGCCACCGCGUCAAGCGCGCUCUCGGCGUGACGCAUGUUUCCACGUACGCAAACGCCGCGGCGAUCUUCAUCGAGUCAGCAAUGCUCUACGCUGUCUUUGCAAUCCUCUUUCUCGUCCCCUUUGGUCUGAAUAACGCACUAGGCAAUGUCUUUCUACAGACCGUCAGUCAAGUCCAGACGGUAUCGUCACUCAUGAUUGUCUACCGCAUUGCGCAAGGCCAGGCGUGGACGGAGAAAACGAAUGUUGAGGCACUCACGAGCGGAAUCAACCUGCAGCAGUUGGCAACUAUGCAGACUUCCAAGGACCCAAACACGCGCCCAGAGUCGAUCGCAUCGAAGGAUGAUGGUAGCACUGCUGCCACAAGCGAGCGUCGUGCGAACGUCUCGGAAAUGGUGUAAUUGUAUUGUUGAGUGAUCCUUGCUGUAUAGCAUGUCAUAGUUAUCGAGUAACGUUCAUAGUCUGUAGAUGACCCUGUGUUGUAUGUAACACGAUAUAUGAAUAAUGACAGUAAUGAUCAUCAUCUGUU